UAUUUGUAUAUAAAAAUUGAAAAAUAAGCUUGGAAGCAGCUUUGUUAUUUGUUAAUUAUUGUUUUAUUUUAAUAUUUUAGGCUCGCGUUUGCUGUUCGUGUAUAAUGUGAAAAAAUAUAAACCAGGAUUUCUUUCUAUUUAAACUAUUGGAAUAAUUGGCCCACCAAAGGCCUUUUUUUGAAAAAAUGGCUGAUGGUCAAGGAAACAUAAAUAGACCAAACACGGGCACAGUGCCAAAAAAAAAGUAUUCCAACAAUGCUAUGGCCGUUCAUUCUACAAACGACCAAUCAAAAGGUCCAAGGAUGUCCAACAAUCUAACUUCCUCAUGGCAUGUGCCAGUCGAUUCAAAUUUUAUCCACAAUAAACGCAGAAAUCAGAGAAAUAGAUACUCGACAAUGGAUGUUGCAUUGGACCGGGGAGAAAUACCAAAUGGUAUUGGGAAUUAUUCAGUUAAUGGCAUAACCCCAGCUAGUAGCUCAUCAACCUCGAGAAGAAAUUCUGUAGGUUCAACCCUCAAAUGCGACAAUGUAACUAAAUAUCCUGACAGAAAACAAAUAGAGGAUAAACUAAGUCAGAUAAGAGAGUAUCUAGAAGUCACCAGUUCCCUGAUGACUAGCAUUCGGAAUUCCGAUGAACAGAUUUUCAAUAUCGAUGAGAAAACAAAUCUACUCCAAACAAGAAACGAUUUGUUGGACAGCGAAAAAAAGUUGUUAAACCUUUUGGAAGAACUUGAUAAUAAUCAAAAAGUAGACAUUGAAACUGAACAGAGUCUCAGUAACGUGGACAAUUAUUCAGAUCAUAGCGGAGAUUAUAUAAAAAACACUGAGUCCGAUUUUAACAGUUACGACAAUGAAUUAACUGCAAUGAGAGAUCAGCAAUUGUCUUUGUUAAAAUUGCGUCAAAAAUCUGAAAAUAGAUUAAUGGACGCCAGACAUGUUCAAGAAAAAAUGGCAGUAGCCAGCCAAUUAGGUAGUAACCAAAUGAAUUUGGACCCUCAAAAAUGCAACAAAAAUACAUCGUUGAUGGAAUUUGAUAGUGCCAUUAGAGAAUUAGAAGAAAGGACCAAGAGACUUAACAGAAAUAAGCCUCCCAAUGAAAAUUACCAUGCUGAUAAAAUUAUGUCGGACAUGCAUCAUUUGCAAAGUCAAAUUGUCGGAAUGCAUGAAGCCAACAAUGAAAGAGAGCAACUUAUCGAAGUAUUGGAUAACACAGAUACUGAGCUACGUUCGCAACAAGCUCAAUUAAAAAAGAAAUUGUUGGAGUUGCAAAAUAAAAAAGACCAAGUUGAUCAGCUCGUAAUGCAACUUCAAUGUAUGGACGAAGAUAAUCAAAGUGAUGUCGGAAUGCAAGUUAGAAAUAUGGUCACGAUGAAGGAUCAGCUCAAUAAAUUAAAAGGUAUGCUGGAAAUUGUGAAUAAUACUGGUGAACAUGCUUCACCAGCCGAAGUACAGGCAGCUGCUAAUGAAAUUUGUCUCACAGCCGAAAAUUUACAAAAUGAAAUUGCUAAACCUGGUCAUAAGAGAAAUGAUAGUUAUGUGGAGAAUAGAUUGGACAAUCACGUUUCUAACGACACUUAUCAAAAGCAAUUGAAUAAAGCGCAAAGGAACCAAGGAGCUAAACCCAAACAGAGGAGUAGCAGUAUUAAUGAUAAAUUGGCACUACAAUCAGAAUUGGAAGCUAAAAAGAGAGAGUUAGAGGAAAUUAUGGGGAAACAUAAAGCUGCCACAUCGAAUCUUAACCAUGACGUAAGAGGAAACCUUUCUAACGAUAUAUCAUGGAAACCACCCAUUUUAUGUCAGGAUCAAGAUAGUGAUGAUAGAUUAUCAAGUGAUGCAGAUGAGAACGAAUAUUCAGAAGUUCAAGAUACUGAAAAUAUGAUCUUCCCGCAACAAAUCAACUGCUACUAUGACGACAAUAGAUCCAAACGUAGUUUGGGCAAUAAUAGACCAGUUCCAGAUAUUACUCCUUUAGAGCCAAAUCCAGGAGCUGAAAUUCGCGACACUAUGCGACAUGCUAGAGUACGAGCAAAUAAUCAGGAUCAGGAGAAACAGGACAAGCUUCAAAAACAACUAGAACUUAUAAAAACGGUCUGCGACUCCGUCCUGGAGCAAAUGCCAACAAACAACCAAACAUCAUCCAAUAAUAUUCAACAAGUACGAAACAACAUCACUCCCUCUUCAGGCUACUCUGAACAGCAACGAGUUUCUUGUCCCGCCAGCCCUUUUCGGCCCAAUCAGCAACAAGUCAACGUUUUUCAUCCCCAAUCUGAUGCUACACCUUGGCAACCUGCGGGACAAAAUCACGCCAACGAUACCGGCAACUACCAAAACUGGUUGUCAACCAACACAUUGCAAACGCAGUCGUUUAUGUUGAAUACUUUGAAUCAGUGUUGUCAAAUGUUGUGGCUCCAGCAAAGGGAAAUGAAUCAGCUUAGAAAUACUGUAAAUGUGCUACAAGAACGUUUAGACUUGCAGCCGUAUCAGCAACAACAGCCACAACCAGGAACUUUACCCUCCAACCCCAUCUACAAUCAACCCUCUACCCAAAACAAUCACCUCCGUGUCCCUCCGCCUGUCCCUCAAAAAACUAACCAAGUGUCUGCAGCUUGUUCAAUGCCCAAUCUUAACCAAUAUAACCCUGUGACAGCCAAUAGCGACUUGGCUUUCGUUAAUACUAGCAACGUUGUGCCUAACAGUGCCCUGUUAGAGUCUUGUCUCAACAACGUGAGCCACCUGAAUUCGACACAGGCGUGUGAUAAUGUUAACAAUUUGCUGCAUGCAGUGAAUUCUAACCUGAACCAGGCGAUACCAGCUCAGAUUUGGAACGGACAAGCGCUGAACAAUCAAGUGGCGCCUGGUAACAGGGCUAACAACUACUGGGAUAACUUUAGAAGCUAUUCCCGACAAAACCAGUUGUCCUCAAAAAACAGCGAUAGCAGCAUUCCUAACGCAGCUUCUGGCUUAGAACGCUUCCAUUUAGACAGAGUGAAUCCAUUCCCCGUAACGUCCACUUCAAAAAGUAAUUCAGAACAUUCUUCUAUCAAUUCGCGAGAAAAUACUCCUAGAAAAAGAAGUUUUAAAGGUGCAAGGAUUGUGGAAAGUGUCAAACCAACUACAGAUCAUCAUGCUCCUCCUCCGGACGUAUUAAAUGUUAAUCAAAAUGUACACAAAACUACUUUUGAGCAAGUAGAAAUGCCUCCUGCUUCUGAACCAGGAUCCACGGUGAGCUUAAAAGAUCUCGAAUUGGAUUUUAGUAGAUUAUCGAAUGACGAAGUUAGAAUCCAUCAACAAGACAGACAAAGAAGAAAUGAGAUUCGUGAUCAAAGACCAAAGAAAAAUAAAUUGGUAGAAGAAUUAAGACAAAAUGUCUAUAAAGAAGUGGCGUCUUUAAUAUCAGCUAACGAAGCCAGGCCUCAUUUUCUGAUCCAGUUAUUCAAAGAUCUGCAAAAAAUCGAAUCCGACUCUUUGAGAUUCGAAAUUUUACAAUCCGUCCAGAAUAUUUUGACUCAGUCCAUGCAUUGUGUUCCUAAUCCAACUGUUGCCGCUUCAAGACAGGAGGGUGACGAGCCCUUUCUUCAAAAUUCCUAUAAAGAAAUAGUGGCCCUUUUAGAAGCCAAUGAAGACGAAACUAUAGGCAGUCACCUUUUAGCUAACAUCAGACAAGUAUUUGUUGACAGUGAACUUUUCAAAGAUUCAGUUAAAGACACUGUAUUCUUAAAACAUUUUUCUAAUGUGUUAAAUGACGUAUUGGAACAAUAUCGUGGAAAAAAGGUGCACGAUGUCAAGAUUCAUUUAAUACAAACCAUAGGAGAUUUAUUACAAGGAGAAUUGUCGUUUAUUCAUCUCAUACAAGAAACUAUUCCAGAAGGUUGUAUGCCCCAAGAACAAAAAGAUUCUGUACUGUCUAAUGUAGCUUUCAAUGUGGCAAGCUCAUUAUUUGAUAUUCCUAACAAUCAAGGCCCUUGUGAUAAUAUCCAAAAUGAUGAUCUAACAGAAGCCGAUCAAGAUCAAGGCAGACUUAAUGAAAGUGAACUCGAAGAGGAAGGAGCCGUUGGAGGUAUUAUUGAAGUGAUUGAAGAAAACUUACAUAUUUUAUCACAGGAUCCAGAAGACAUGUUGAGUGUUCCAAUUAUAGAAUUUCCUACAAAUGGAGAUGGCCUUGACCAAGUUCCGAUAAGACUUCCUACUAAAAUUAAAUCCGGUGCUACAACUCCUACAAAAGAUUUAAAUCCUCAUCACGAUUCCGAGUCCUACUGAGAAAGGUUGUUUCAAAUGAAAUUAAAUAUAUUUCGCUUGCUCUAUCUAAAUGACUGCAAUUAAUUUAUUAUAUAAUAAAUGGUGAGUGAGAAGCCAAGAUGCUGUGUAUAUAUUUUUUUAAAUUAUAUUAUCUGUUAAAUUAUUAUUUUAAAAUGUUUAGCUGCUUAUUGAGUCUCAUUAUAUUCCACUAUUAACCUAAAAUAAAAAAGGUGUAUGUUUAAAAAUAAAAACUGAACAGUAUUUAAGAAAAUGUAGUUUUAUUUUAAUUAAGUAUAAAAGUCGUAAUGUUAAUUAAUUAAUCAAAAUCAAAAAACUAUUUAAUGAGAAGGCACUUUUGAGCAAAUUUUUGUCAGUUUACAUAAUAGUAAGCUACUACUGGAAUAACAUUAUGUAUUUAUUUCCGUGACAUGAAAAAACUCACAUCUAAAAUUCAUAUUUGAUAUUGGUUAGGAUAUUUACCAGAUUCUUAAUACAAGUUAUGAAAAGGUCAGCAAGUUUUACAUAGAACGUAAUUUCUAAUUCUAAAUCGAUAUAAAAAUACAUAGGUACUAGAGAGGAACUGAAAAUAAGUAAUUUUUCUAACAAUCUAGUGUCAAAUUUAAAUUACAUAUACAUGAGAAAAGUACCCAAAAAUAUAGGGUUUUUUACAUAUUUAUCAAAAACUAAUUCUAAGGUGAGUAUUCAUUUGAACAUUGACUCGAACAAAAAUAAUGGGGGAAGUGAAUAAUAUAAAAAAGUUUUACCUACUUUUGGGAAUGUUCAAACCAUCUAACUAUAAGCAGAGACACUUCUAUGUGACAAAAAACGAAUACAUUUCGAUGCUUCAAAUGAUCCUACUAAAACCUGGAUAAUUUCAAAAGAGAUUCUGAGAAUACAUCUUACAGUCAAAAUGUGGUAGGAACUUUUUUAGAAUUGGUAGGUACUUUAUUUGUAGCAAAAUGUAUGUAAAUAAAAAGGCAUUGUGAGUAGCACAAAAUCUUCGAAAUGCUCAAGUGAAUAUUUACCUUCAAAUACGAAAAUAUUACAUAUUUCUACUAGAUUCCCAAUGAUAAUGACUGCACCCAUGGGUUUCUCGAAGAAGAUCUUCAUCUAAUUGACUAAGGUGAAUGGGCAAGCACUUAGCCGUAUUUGGUACAUUAACUGGUUCUAUAAACAAUAAAAGAAUCAUCAAUCAA